AUGAGUGGCGGUGGACUGAGCAAGCUAGGUAUUGCACUCACUAUAAUCUUUGUGAUCUCACUGGUGGCGCUCUUAGCCGAAUUGUUCUAUGUAUUGUGGCGCCGCCGUCUCUUCCGCCGCAAAAAUCCACCACCCAGCGACCGCGAAUUUCAACUGCCCCAAUAUUCUUCAUCAGACUCUUGGUUUCCGUCAGCGAUCUCCUCCAAGGAUCUUCUCUACUUCUUCUGUGUAAGAUCACAACCCCGUAUUGAACUUAACUCCAUUUCUCCGGCGAGUUCAAACGCGCCACCGGAAACGGAAGUUAUCGACGUGUGGAAGCUUCAGAGAAUGUGUGGACCGCCAAGAUUCUUGUUCACCAUCAAAGAAGAGGAAAAAGAGGACUUGGAAUCGGUCGCUGAGAAAUCAUUGUGUUCUUCUGCUGAAAAAGAAUCCAACAAAAGUAAUAGCACUAGCAUUAGAGAAAGAGUGACCUUGAAGGAAUGUUUGGAGGUGGUAGAAGAGCCGCCCAAAGCCGCAAUGGUGGUUAAUGAUCACGGUGACGGCGGCGGCGUCCGCGAUGAGGCGGAGUUUCCAACUCCUUGUGACUCUCCUAUGUAUUUCACUCCUUUGGCUUCGCCGAUUCACGAGGAGGUUAAUGAUAGAUGA